AUGGGUAAUCAGCCGACGACGAGGAUAGCGGAGGAUCGAAAGAAGACGAUCAAAGGAAGAGUGGUGUUGGAGAAGAAGAACUUUUUGGUGUUUGAAGUCACUGACUUAGGCGCAUCGUUUCUUGAUCGAGUUCAUGAGUUACUUGGGAAGAACAUCUCUUUCCAGCUCAUUAGUGCAGAUCAUCAUGAAUCCUCCGAAGGAAGCAGGUUGAGAGGAAAGCUUGGGAAUCCAGCCAUCUUAAAAGACUGGUUUACCAAAAUUGCCCCUCUCAAGAUCAAGGAAUUGACGUAUGAAGUUAGCUUUGAUUGGAACGAAGAGAUGGGAAUUCCAGGGGCAUUUAUGGUAAAAAAUAAUCACCACAGUGAAUUUUACCUCAAGACCCUCACUCUAGAAGAUGUUCCUGGCCAUGGACAGCUCCAUUUUGUUUGUAAUUCAUGGGUUUAUCCUUCCAAACGUUACAUAAAGGAUCGCAUUUUCUUCGCCAAUAAGGCGUAUCUGCCUGGUGAAACUCCCGAAUUACUACGUCCGUAUAGAGAAGAAGAAUUGGUCAUCUUGAGAGGUACCGGAUCCGGGAUGCUCCAAAAAUGGGAUCGGGUUUAUGAUUAUGCAUUCUACAAUGAUUUGGGAAACCCCGAUGACAAUGUAGAAUCUGCCCGACCAGUUCUUGGAGGGUCUUCUGAGUACCCGUAUCCUCGUAGAGGGAGAACAGGCAGGCCACCAACCAAAUCAGAUCCUAAAACUGAGAGCAGGCUUCCAACAUUCUUCAAGGGUUUAGAAAUAUAUGUUCCAAAAGAUGAGCAAUUUGGAGCCUUGAAGCUGUCUGGUUUCCUUGGUUAUGGGCUGAAAUCCGCUGUUCAAUUCUCUGUCUCUAAGUUCUGGGCUCAGUUUGAUGGCACUCGUGAUGAGUUCGACUCUUUCGAAGAUGUACUCAAGAUUUACGAUGGAGGAUUAAAGCUGCCCGAUGGCGUUCGUGAAAAAUAUCGCAACAUCCUUCCUUUGGAAAUGUUGAAAGCACUUGCUCCAUCAGAUGGUGAGGGACUUGCCAAAUUCCCUAAGCCCCAAGUUAUCACCAAAGAUGACAAAUCUGCGUGGAGGAGCGAUGAAGAAUUUGCAAGAGAAAUGUUGGCUGGAGUCAACCCCGUUUGCAUUCGUCUACUCGAAGAGUUUCCUCCAACAAGUAAUCUAGACUUGGAAUUAUAUGGUAACCAAAACAGUUCCAUAAAACCUUCCCACAUUGAGCAAAAUCUAAAUGGUUUACAAAUAAAGGAGGCAAUCAAGUCGAACAGACUAUUUAUACUCGACCACCAUGAUUCGCUGAUGCCAUAUGUGAGACGAAUAAAUGCAACACCUACCAAGAUUUACGCAACACGAACCUUGCUAUUUUUGCAAAAAGAUGGAACUCUAAAACCAUUGGCAAUUGAAUUGAGCUUGCCUCAUCCUGACGGAGAUCAGCUCGGCGCCAUUAGUAAAGUGUACACUCCAGCUAAACACGGAGCGGAAGAGUCUGUUUGGCACUUGGCCAAAGCAUAUGUAGCCGUGAACGACUCUGGAGUCCAUCAGCUCAUAAGUCACUGGUUGAAUACGCAUGCUGUUAUUGAGCCGUUUGUGAUUGCAACAAAUCGGCAACUAAGCGUUCUCCACCCGAUCCAUAAACUUCUUAAACCUCAUUUUCGGGAUACGAUGAGCGUCAACGCCUUUGGAAGGCAAGUCCUGCUCAACGACGGAGGUCUUGUUGAGAAAACGGUGUUCCCAGGGAGAUAUGCAAUGGAAAUGUCAUCUUUCAUAUACAAGAAUUGGGUGUUAACUGACCACGCACUCCCCGUUGAUCUUGUCAAGAGGGGAAUGGCAAUUGAGGACUCAAACUCUCCCCAUGGGCUUCGUUUACUGAUUGAGGAUUACCCAUAUGCUGUUGAUGGUCUUGAGAUUUGGUUUGCCAUCAAAACAUGGGUUGAGGACUACUGUACCUUCUACUACAAGAAUGACGAGAUGGUUCUAAAGGACCUUGAACUCGAAUCAUGGUGGAAAGAACUUAUAGAACAAGGACAUGGCGACAAGAAACACGAGCCAUGGUGGCCAACACUCGAUUCUUGCCAUAAUUUAAUCGAUACUUGCACUACAAUCAUAUGGGUAGCUUCUGCUCUUCAUGCAGCAGUCAAUUUCGGUCAAUAUUCUUACGCUGGAUAUUUCCCGAAUCGUCCAACCAUAAGCCGUCGUCUUAUGCCUGAGCCACACACCAAAGAGUACGAUGAAGUUGAAGAAAACCUAGAUAAUGUGUUGCUGAAAACGAUGACUGCUCAGCAUCCAGCACUUAUGGGCAUAUCGUUGAUAGAGUUAUUAUCGAGGCAUCCAUCGGAUGAGGUUUAUCUUGGACAUAGAGAACCCAAUUGGACGAUGGAUUUGGAACCUUUGAAGGCAUUCGAGAAAUUUGGGAAGGAGUUGAAAGACAUCGAGGAGAGAAUUGAAAAGAGGAACGGUGAUAAAAGUAGGAGGAAUAGGGUUGGAGUAGUUGAUGUACGUUAUACUCUUCUGCAACCAUACAGUCAAGAGGGACUUACAGGAAAGGGAAUCCCGAAUAGUGUGUCGAUAUGAAGCACUACGUAUCUUCAUCAAACAAUA